CCUCGGCCGUAUCUCUUAAGUAAAACAAAAUGUCCCCCCCCCUCACUCGCGCGGGAUAAGAUGAGUGUCAUCAAAAUGUCCUUCCUGGCUCUGUUUUUGCCCAAGCAGCACUGGGAGGCGUUCCGCUACAUCACCGAAAUCUUCAUCUUGGUUCCCGCUCUCCUCGGCCUCAAGGGCAACUUGGAGAUGACGCUGGCGUCGCGCCUCUCGACAGCGGUGAACGUGGGCAAGAUGGACUCGCCGAUUGAGAAGUGGAAUCUAAUCAUCGGCAACCUGGCACUCAAGCAGGUCCAGGCCACCGUGGUGGGCUUCUUGGCCGCCGUGGCGGCCGUGGUUCUCGGCUGGAUCCCGGAGGGCAAGUUCCAGAUGAGCCACGCCGUGCUGCUGUGCUCCAGCAGCGUCGCCACGGCCUUCAUCGCUUCCAUGCUGCAGGGUUUCAUCAUGGUGGGCGUGAUCGUGGGCUCCAAGAAGACGGGCAUCAACCCGGACAAUGUGGCCACGCCCAUCGCCGCCAGUUUCGGUGACCUCAUCACCUUGGCCAUCCUGGCUUGGAUCAGCCAGGGCCUCUACAAGUGCCUUGAUCCCUACCCGUACGUCUCUUCCGUGGUCUGUGCCUUCUUCAUGUGUCUGACACCCCUGUGGAUGGUCAUCUCCUCCAAGCACCCGGCCAGCCGCACCCUGCUCUACUCGGGAUGGGAGCCGGUCAUCACGGCCAUGAUCAUCAGCAGCAUCGGAGGGCUGAUCGUGGACAAAACGGUGUCUGACCCCAAUCUGGCAGGAAUUGUGGUCUACACGCCCGUGAUCAACGGUAUCGGAGGGAACCUGGUAGCCAUUCAGUCCAGCCGCAUCUCCACUUUCUUGCACUUCCACUUUGCCCCAGGGGAGGUCCCCGAGGAGGCCAAGGGCUGCUACUACCCCUGCCGCACCUUCUUCGGCACAGGGCCCAAUCACCGAUCCGCUCAGGUUCUCCUCCUCCUGGUCAUCCCUGGCCAGCUGAUAUUCCUCUACACCAUUCACCUGAUGAAGAGCGGCCACACCACGCUGACGCCCAUCUUCAUGUCCGUCUACCUGGCCGCCGCUCUGCUGCAGGUGUUGCUGCUGUUGUGCAUCGCCGACUGGAUGGUGCACUCCAUGUGGCGCAGCGGCAAAGACCCCGACAGCUUCUCCAUCCCCUACCUGACGGCGCUGGGCGACCUGCUGGGCACCGCUCUGCUGGCGCUCAGCUUCCACUUCCUGUGGCUCAUCGGCGACCAGGACAGCGACGUGGGCGACUGACGGGUGACGUACUCUGCCAUACAUUUCCGCAGCUCGCAAUCGCGGAGACUUUUGCGCCUUUUUUUGCACCGGAGCGCUUGCGUAUGACUCUGCCGGUCCUUUCAAACGCCCCUGAAAAGUCCUCCGCUUGGCUGGAAUGAUUCUUGAAUUGACUUUAUCCUGGGAACUGCGCGCGAGUGGCAAAGUUGCAAUUCGAGUUCCAAAUCGGUUGGCGCAACGGAUGCCAGAGGAGACGGCUGCACGGAGCACCCUUUGUUCACGUCAUUGCGGGCUUUUGCGCACGUACGACAGGAUCCGGUAUUCAAUCCGUGUGCCUCUCGAGAUUGACUGGUUGACAAGGUGUCGUUUCCAUGACAAAAUGUUUCUCAGUGGAUGUCAGUUUUGCACCCCCCCGCCUCCCCAGAAAAAAAACAAAACACUGCCCAUGUAGCAGCAGCGUAUGCCAUUUAAAUGUUUUUGUCGAAAUAAAUAUUUCCAAUAUC